AUGACUGCCCGUGUUCAGCAACCUGCUCCAGCCUUCAAGGGCCAAGCCGUUGUCGACGGUGUUAUCGAGGAGAUCGAUAUCGAUAGCUAUAAGGGUAAAUGGUUGAUUCUAGGCUUCAUUCCUAUGGCGUGGACCUUCGUCUGCCCAACUGAGAUCGUUGCCUUCUCAGAUGCUGUCCAGCAAUUCACAGAACGUAAUGCCUCUGUUAUCUUUGCGUCCGUCGACUCUGAGUACAGUCUUCUCGCUUGGGCCAAUGCUUCCCGAAAGGAUGGUGGCCUUGGUGGCUGCCAGUUUCCUCUCCUUUCCGACAAGAACCAUAAUAUCUCCAAGGCCUAUGGUGUCUUGUUAGAAGAGGAAGGAAUUGCGCUCCGUGGCCUCUUCAUCAUCGACCCUAAGGGAAUUGUCCGACAAAUCACUAUCAACGAUCUUCCAGUCGGCCGAAGCGUUGACGAGACCUUGAGAUUGAUUGAUGCUUUCCAGUUCACCGAAAAAUAUGGCGAAGUCUGCCCGGCCAACUGGACCAAGGGAGCCCCAACAAUCCAGACCAGCAACUCCAAGACCUACUUCAACCAGAUGUAUGGUGGCCAUUAG